CUUUGAUAAAUGAAUUGUAAUAAAUUUCAGCAGUACGUUUUGACAGCUGUAUUUCUAAAGGAAAGGAUCAAGCAUUUCAUCAACUGAUUUCAGGUCCUGGUUAAGAAGAUUGAGAAAAGAAAUGAAACAUAAUUUGCUAAUGCUUCUGAAAACUUAAACAGUAAACAUGGAUUACAACAGGAACAAUACGAAGUUGGUGUAUUCCAGAAAUGGAACAAAGCCAUAUUAUCUUCUGAAUGACAGCCCACAUCAUAGAAAAAUACCAUGGGAUGUUUGGAUUCCUGUUCCAGAACUCGUACUCCUGAAGUCUUACUGGUUGAUCUUUCUAGUGGCAGUUGCAUCAUUUUGUAUAAGUGUUACUGGAGACUUUGUAUUUGAUGAUUCAGAAGCUAUUUUGAACAACAGUGACUUACUUCCAGAGACACCUGUACUAAACAUCUUUAGGAAUGAUUUCUGGGGGAUGAAAUUAACCUUCAACACAAGUCAUAAAUCAUAUCGUCCAUUGACAACCCUUACCUUCAGGUGGAACUGUGCUUUCAGUGGAGGCUUACACCCAUUUGGAUUUCAUCUCAUUAAUAUUGUUCUACAUGGUGUUGUCUCCAUGUUGUCUUUUCAACUCUUUGCUGUCUUCUUUCAGUCUUGUUUAUCUGGAGACAGAGCUCCUCGUGCAUCCUUUCUCUGUGCCUUAUUAUAUGCUGUUCAUCCUAUUCAUACUGAGAGUGUUGCAGGAGUUGUAGGAAGAGCUGAUUUGCUUUGUGCUUUGUUUUUCAUCCUGUCUUUCCUGGCUUACACAAAGUCAGUUGAGAGCCAUCACCAUCUCAAUGAUCCACCCUCCCAGUUUUCACCUCUUUGGAUAGGAUGGAGUCUAGUUCUUGCAGGCAGUGCAAUGCUUUGCAAGGAGCAAGGAGUAACAGUAAUUGGUAUUUGUAGUGCCUAUGAUAUUAUUGUUGUCUGUAAUGUGGACAUCCUUUGUCUUUUACGUCCAUCAUCUGUGUUACAAGAAUCUUCAUCGUCUUCAAAACAAUGGUUACAGUCACUCUUGUUACGCCAUGUGGUGUUGGCAGCUGGGGGGUCACUUCUUCUUAUCGGAAGAUGGCAAGUUAUGGGGUCGUCACCUCCUAUGUUCCAAUGGGUAGACAACCCAGCAUCCUUUGAAGAAAGCUUCCUUUACAGGGUGUUGAACUACAAUUAUGUGUAUUCUCUCAACUGGUGGCUGUUAGUUCAUCCAUUUUGGCUCUGUUUUGAUUGGUCCAUGGGCUGCAUACCUCUUAUCCAUUCAUUGACUGAUCCCAGGCUAGUUGCUGUUGCUGUUUUCUGGAUGACAGCAGCCUUCCUGUUGUAUUGUUGUCUGUCUCAUGAAGAUAGGAGGAUCCGAAGGUUAGUGACAAUGUCUGUCGUCCUUCUUGUUAUUCCCUUUUUACCUGCAUCCAACUUGUUCUUCCGAGUGGGAUUUGUUAUUGCAGAACGGGUACUUUACAUUCCGUCCCUAGGGUUCUCUUUGUUAGUAGUGGUAGGAUUUCGACAGCUGUGUUUUUCUAUGGAGCAAUAUCGUGUAUACCUGCACAUUUGUAUAAUUGUCCUUGUUGGGUGUUUUGUUGUCAAGAGCCUUCAGAGAAGUUCAGAAUGGAAAAAUGAGGAAGUUCUAUUCAAAUCUGGUCUUAAAGUUUGUCCAUUGAAUGCAAAGGUUCAUUACAACAUUGCCAAGAAUUCUGCAGAUCAUGGUGACAGAGAAUUGGCUGUAAAAGAAUACCAAGAAGCCAUCAGGCUUAACCCAAGUUAUGACCAAGCCAUGAAUAAUCUUGCAAAUAUUCUGAAAGACAUGGGACAAUUGAAAAGUGCUGAGAAGCUUCUUCUAAAGGCUAUACACAUCAGGGCUGAUUUUGCUGCAGCGUGGAUGAACUUGGGUAUUGUUCAGUCAAGUCUUGGGAAAAUUAAGGAAGCAGAAAGGAGUUAUUUGAUUGCUUUGAAACAUAGAAGACGUUAUCCAGACUGUUAUUAUAACUUAGGCAAUUUGUAUUUGGACCAGAAAAGAUACAACGAUGCAUAUCAGGCUUGGAAAAAUGCAACUUCUCUUCGUCCAUCACACCUGGUGGCUUGGAACAACAUGAUUAUCAUGCUCGACAGUACAGGUGAUUUAAGUAAAGCUGAAUCCCUAGCCCGUGAGGCUCUACGGUACUUGCCAGAAGAAAGCUCACUACAUUUCAACCUUGCCAAUACUCUUGGAAAAAUUGGAAAAUACCAGGAAUCUGAAUGGCAUUUUUUGCAUGCCAUCAAGCUCAACAAGAACAAUCCCUCUUACUACACUAACCUAGGAGUACUUUAUCAUCGAUGGAAGAAAUACGAAAAAGCAGAAGAAGCUUAUCAGCAAGCACUCCAAAUGCAACCUGGUCUGAAAAGUGCACGGGAUAACUUGGAGCUUCUUCAUAAAACUCUCAGCAGAUUAAGAUCACAACAUUAAAUACUGCUGUCAAGUGAUUACUGUACACCCUAUGGCAUGUCUAAUAUGGAGCAGUAGUUGUAGUCUUUCGGGGGCCAAAUGUAUUAAUCACAGAACCUGUGCUUUUAUAGUCCUUUUAUCUUUGUUUAUAAGGCCUAAAUCUAUAUUGAUAACAUUGUGAAAACUUUAU